UCAACGAAAAGAUAUCAACAAUGGAACAGACAUGAAAACUCUCACUGAGGAGUGGCCAUUUUUGUUUCAGGAAAGUGGAAUGGAAGUGCACUUUAAAGACCUCACAGGGAUACCACUUAAAGAGACCUUCCUGAACAGCAUUGACAGAAAAGGAAACAAGCUGUUGAACUUUAUGAGGAAUGUUUGUGCAACCAGGAACAAGCGUGUCUUACAGGCUGUCACAAAACUUGAAGUUUUGAGAGGACAGACGAAUGGUUGCUCAGAGGAUGUGAAAGACAUGAUUCUUCUACUUCUCUCCUAUUUUGAUGAGAAAGAAGAGCUCCUUCCUCAUUAUGUAGAAGAGACAAGCCUUGCAAAGGAUGUAGAGUUGGACAACCUGCCUCCGACGCCUUGCAUUAUUGUGUGUGGACCCUCCUGCUAUGCUGCUGUUCGAUUUAUGCUCAGUGUGGACCGCAAGAUUGUGAAUGAUGACAUCACUACAUUCAUCGCUGCUGUUUGCCUAAUGUUCGGCAGUUAUUACUGUUUCAAUAUACACUACCCUACUGAACUGGCAUCAGUGCUUGAAUUUUUGCAAAGGUGCUUCUUCAUCAUCAAUCCUGAAAAGGGCACAAAGGUUGUGGAAAAGAAGAACAAAAAACGACUCCCAGUGAACCCAAGAGUCUUCACCUUAAUCUCUGACCUUUCUGAUCACGAGUGGCGAGAGACCUCGUAAAGGUGGCCUGCAACGGAAACGGUUUCCAUGUUUAAACUUUUGUUAAACGUUGAAAUGUAUACUCUCUAAGCACUUGUGUUGUGCUUUGUUCUGCUUUAGUAGUUAUUAUUGUAAAUAUUUGACAACCUUUAUUUAUUCCCAAGCUCAGUUUGAAGUGGCAGUUAGGUAACAGAAAUGUUUUAAACUCUGAAUCUAAAUUUUAAAUGCGUAGUCUGAUGCUGAUUUUAAGACUGAUCUUAAGCCAUUGUAUACUUCUGAUAAAACACAAGAACAGAAAAAAAACUGUAAUGUUGUUUGAAAUGCCUGCCAGUCUUCAUUAAAAAUACUUGGGAC